AUGCUUUCUAAUAUUAAGCUAAUAGAUAUUUAUAGUAUAAUAUUCUUCUUUACUAAAGUAGACGACCUAAUUUUUUAUUCUAUUAUACAUCUUAUAUCCCUCGCCUUAGCUAAUAACGCUUUUAAGGCGCUAAGCCUAAUAACCUCUAAGCGAGUCUUUAAGUAUAAAGACUGCCUUAAUCGCCUUAUAUAUGCGGCGGGCUUUAAAGAAACACUAACCAGCUAUUAUUUCCAACGUGGGAUAGCAAAUAUUAUUAAUUAUAACGUCCUUUAUAUGCUUACGCAUAUAAGCCUUAUAUGCGAUCCCCGCGCUCCGGUUUAUAUAUCUAAUAACGUCCUAGCUGCGCUCUUCUUAGAUCCAGAUAUUACUACACUUAAGUAG